GGCCCGCCCGUCCAUGCCUCUCUCCCGGCCACUGGCUCCCUGAGCCGGGAUCCCCUUCGAUGUCGGGACCCCGAGGCGCCUUGCAGGCCUGGUGCCGCCGCCAAUGCGAGGGCUACCCGGGCGUGGAGAUCCGAGAUCUCAGCAGCUCCUUCCGGGACGGUCUGGCCUUUUGCGCCAUCCUCCACAGGAAUCGGCCGGAUUUGCUGGAUUUCAACACACUUUCUAAGGAAAAUGUAUAUGAGAACAACCAGCUGGCUUUUCAGCUGGCAGAGCAAGAGCUGGGGAUCCCCGCCUUGUUGGAUCCCAGUGACAUGGUCUCCAUGAAGGUCCCUGACUGCCUUAGCAUCAUGACCUAUGUGUCUCAGUAUUACAACCAUUUUAACAACCCCAGCCAAGCCAGAGUUCCCCCACCUAUGAAGCGCCCAACAGUUGCCUCUGCACCCACUUUGCCAGUUCACAGGUCUGUGGCUGUAUCCGAGACCUCGUCAACACUCCAGGACGAUGUUGCAGAAGGCCUGGCCGAGCAUUCCCAGCGCUCCACCCUCAGUAGCACAUGUGCAGCUUGCCAACAACAUGUUCACCUGGUCCAGCGCUAUCUGGCAGAGGGCAAACUGUAUCACCGUCAGUGCUUCAGGUGUAAGGAAUGCUCCAGCACACUCCUCCCUGGGUCUUACAAGCCUGGGCCAGAAUCAGGCACAUUUGUGUGUACCCAACAUCGUGGCAAGCGAAGCCUGAGCAGGAGAACAGAGGAUAGGCCCAGUCCUGAACCUCUUCAUGCAGAGAAAAGGAGCGAGGCUGAGAUGGUGAAUGCUGGUCAGGAGGAAGAGAAUGGGGUAUUGGAGAGUCACCCAUCAGUUGCUGAAGAGACGGGGCAGAAAAUGGUGGAUGGAGUGGCGAUGGAAGUGCCGCCUGCCCAGCCCAAGAAUGAAACAUUCCUCCCUAUGCCCAGCUCUGAACCCAGCCCCCAAAUGCCUCCCAAGCCUCCUGUGCCAACCAAACCUCUUCUGCUGAGCCAGGAUAAAGCCAACCUGCAUCACGGACAACUCAAGGAGUCUCGACCCACCCCGGCCCCCAGGAGGGCCACAGACACAGCAGCCCUGUCUCCACCCAACUCCCAUCCUGUUCCAAAGCCCAGAGGCAACGUGCAGAAUGAGGGGCCCUGUGAGCCAGGCUCUGGCAUUGUCAAUGGUGGAACGCCUGGGCCUCCAGUUCCAAAACCCAGAGGCAGACCAGCUUCCUCAGACCGUGCUGGAGAAACUCCAAGGGGAAAGGACCCUCCAUGGAUUGCAUUGGUCCAGGUAGAGUCCAAGAAGAAGCCUGCUCCUCUCCCACCUGGCAGUAGCAAAGAAACCCCACCAAGGUCAUCUGAUGGAGAAGAAGACAGAGAAGAGGCAGCAGGGGAAGCAAGAGGCAGAGAGAGUAGGCCCCGGGAGCGAAAACCCUUCAAUCCCUUUGAGGAUGAUGAGGAUGAUAAUGCUGUUGCAGAGGAGGAAUCUUUCACCCCACCAACCACACAACAGCCAGAACAGAGUGAAGCCACCCCUAAAGUCCUCCAUCCUUGGUACGGCAUCACACCUACCAGCAGCCCAAAGACAAAGAAGCGGCCAGCUCCAAGGGCCCCCAGUGCCUCCCCACUUGUUCACCAUCCUGUCUCCAGGCUUUCCCACUCAGAGCCAUCUUCCUCCGCCCCAUCUCCUGCCCUCAGCCUGGAAAGCAUCACAUCCGAGUGUUUGGCCAAGACCGACGGCAACCUGGAUGAGACCUCUGUCCCCAAGAGCUCCUCGGAGCCAAUGGUCCAUGCUCCAGCGGCUUCCACAGUUUCCUCCUCAGGCCCUCCACUUGCCAGCACCUCUUCCUGUGAGAUCCCUGCUGCUCUGCCCAGCUGCUCCACUGACUCCUCCUUUUCAUCAUCCAGUGAUUUGGCCACCUACGGCAGUGGAGCAAAUUUACAAGCAACCAGAAGCUGUUCAGCUGGCAGCUUGAAAACUAGCAUGGGACAAAUGUCUCCCAAGCUGCUUCCUGGUGCUUCUCCAACCCCUAUCCUCUUGUCAUCUGAUCUUAGCGGGACUGUCAGGAAUUCUCCCUCACCCAAAUCACAACAGAAGUCUUCGUGUAAAGAGAAUCCCUUCAACCGGAAGCCAUCACCUGCUACUUCCCCUUCAGUUAAGAAGACCCCAAAGGGACCCAAGCCAGCAAGACCGCCUGCUCCAGGACAUGGUUUUCCACUCAUCAAGAGGAAGGUUCAGUCAGAUCAGUAUGUCCCAGUGGAGGAUAUUUAUGGCGAGAUGGAUAGCAUUGAGCAGCAACUGGAUGAGUUGGAGCACCGAGGAGUUGAGUUGGAGAAAAAGCUCCGCAGUGUGGAGAAUGAUGCUCCGGAAGAUGGCCUGCUGGUAGAUUGGUUCAAACUCAUCCAUGAGAAGCACAUGCUGGUGCGCCGUGAGUCUGAGCUCAUCUACAUUUUCAAGCAGCAGAACUUGGAGCAGCGCCAGGCAGAUGUUGAGUAUGAACUUCGGUGCCUUCUCAAUAAACCUGAGAAAGAGUGGACAGAUGAGGACCGGGCGAGGGAGAAGGUACUGAUGCAAGAGCUGGUCACCAUAAUCGAACAACGGAAUGCCAUCAUCAACUGCCUGGAUGAGGACCGACAAAGGGAGGAAGAAGAGGAUAAAAUGUUAGAAGCCAUGAUUAAAAAGAAAGGCUUUCUCAAGGAGGCAGAGGCUGAGAGCAAGAAGAAAGGAAAAUUCAAGCCCAUGAAAGUGUUGAAGCUACUUGGGAACAAGCAUGAGUCCAAAAACAAAUCUCCCAAGGAGAAAAGCUAGAACAGGUCAGAGCUGGUAGGAUGCCAUGCCUUUUGACUGCAGUGAUCCACUCUGGCUGGCACUUGGCAAACAAGACUUCUGCUCCCUGCCCCUUUUUAGAAGCUGUGCCUCACCAUCCACCAAAGAUGGCUCUUUCCAGAGGAAUGCCAUCAACUUCCAGCCUUAAGACACUCCUUUGCCUAGUAAAAGGGAGCAGGCAUGGCAUGUCCCAUCAGCACUGAAGAUUACCAAGGGACAGACUGGAGGCGAGAGUGGCUUGUCCCUGCAGCUUCAGGGUGGGGUGGAGAGAAGCGAAAUUCCUCAGUUGUGUGUUUGUUCUUUAUUAUUAAUGGUUCUCAGCAGUACAGCAUUUGGGUGUUGGUGGGAAACUUGCACUAAUUGUUUCCCUUCUGCAACUGUGACAGUCACAUGUGCCUCGAACCUUUCUCUUCUGAGCUGGGGGGGGGGAGACUUUCCAUUGACCUUGCCCCACCCCCUUCUGUACCGAAAGCCCUUCUCUCUUUACCAGCUUGUCAAAAAUCCCGCUUUGGUCACUUGAAACAUUUGGGCUUUGAGAGGAUUAUUUUUGUUAGCUUAAACUGUUAAACUAGAGAGGUGUCUCAAGGGCUUAUAGAACCAGCCAAAAACCUAACUAGUUCCCAUUUCUGGUAGCCUUCCCUGCCAAUGAAGGAGAGGUCCUGUGAAUGCUGGAUGUCUUGGGAAACUGUUCAGUGAAGCAUGGAGGGAUUGGUGCAGGUCCAAAUAGGUCCCUCUUUCUUGAUGCUGUGACAAAUUUCAUCCACUGUGUUCCUCAGGGGACAAGACAGGCAGGCGAAAGGUCACACGUUCCCUGCCCACAGCCAGAGCAUAGGAGGGUGAGGUCAAGCUGUACUCAAGGCCAACGAGGUUUCUUUUUUGCCUUGCUCACUAGUACCACCCUCUAGCGCAGUUUGGAGGCAUCUCAGCUGCUCCUUCACCAUAUUGGUCUUUAUAUACUUUUUCUAAGUAUGCAAAAGGGUCUCUCUUAGCUGAAUGUCAAGCCCCCACAUCCCUUUGUGCUUUGUUUUGUUGUAUGCACACACACACACAUGCUUUUGGGGGAGGAGAGGCGUCUUGCCUCCUUGCUUCCUGCCUUCUCCUCUCAAUCGGGGAGUUAUUUAUUAAAAAUGUUUGUUUUGUCUGAGUUAGACACUGGUAGUAUUGUAGGUGUUGGCUAGUCAGCUGUUAGUCUUGAGUUCUUGUUAACAGACUACCAGCCCAGAGCAAACUGCUGUGCUGCCUUAUCUAAAUACAUGGAAAUGUUUUACCGAUCUUCAUUUGUUGGGGAGGGGGCCUAAGAACCCCACUGCUAUCAGACCUACUUGGGGCAAUGUUCUCAUUCCCUACAAGUGGAUGACAUCAGCACUCCAAGGCAAGAUCAGCCACAGUUUUGAUCCCAAAGCACAACUUCUCUGUAAAAACAAAGCAAACUUAUAUUAUUAAAAGGUACCAGAUCUACUCCCAUUUGAAAUCCUCUGACCUUAACGGACAUUAUUGCUGUGUAUUAACCACAAUCUCCACUGAUAUGCAGGGAACAAAAAUUAAACAAAACUAUUGUAUUUAG